AUGGCUGAGAAAACACAUCGGAGGCUAGCAUUGCCGAAGGACACACAGUUGGAGCUCCUCGCGGAGCUUCGAGUCCGCACAACUGGGCGAGAUCAUUCACGUGAAAGGAUCAUACAAGAGGCACGGAUUAUCAUGUCGACCAGUGCAGGUUUGAUAAACCUGCACGCCGAUGGUUCUUUCCGGUUAUCCGCAUCCAUUCCAGAAAUGCUACAACGACUUGAGCAACGAAUGCUGGGCCUCCUUGAGGAGAUUUUGAACCUACAGGGGCAACAGCUAGCAGAUGAAUGGACUGCCCAGUGGGGUUGGGCAAAGUCAAAUUGA